AUAUCGCCAACUGCAUGGCUCCGCCUCCUCGCCAUUCCCUUCAUGUGGCCUCAGGAGAAGACAGCAUAUUGAUCGAACGCCUGCAACAAGUGAGGUUAUCAAGCUUCAUUACAGAUAGCAAGCUUAUUGAUCGAACGCCAGCAACAAGUGAGGUUGUCAAGCUUCAUUACAGAUAGAAAGCUUAUUGAUCGAACGCCAGCAACAAGUGAGGUUGUCAAGCUUCAUUACAGAUAGAAAGGUAUAAAGGCAUCAGGCUUCUAACUGAAGAUGGCGGCCAAAAAACAUUUUAACGUUGGAGAUUUAAUAUGGGCAAAGAUGAAGGGCUUUCCUUUUUGGCCAGGAAGGAUUGCGAAACCUCCUACAGAUGCAAGAUCUUCUGCUCCUAAAAAGACACGACAUUAUGUAUUCUUUUUUGGAAGUGAAAAUCAUGCUUGGAUAAAGGAUCAAAAUAUUGUACAUCAUUCUGAAGAAAUGUUACAGUCUGCUUCCACUAAGAAAAAAUCUAACAGUUUAAAAUUAGCAAUAAAACAAAUCACCAAAGAAGCUCCCAAAAAUGCUAAAUUGCUAGUGAAAGCAAAGAAAUCUCUUAAAAAAUCUCGUGAAGUAUCGGCAAGUGGUACUGAAAAGAAAAUUGCAAAGUACAAGAAAAAAGUACAAAGAAUGAAAGUGAAAACUGAAAGCCCUAAAGUUCGAAAGAAGGUUUUAUCCAAAAGACGUGUUAUUUCUUCAAGAUUUACCAGGCGUGAACUUCAGCCAGGUCCUACUCGUAAUUUACAUGAACCCAGACCAUCGGAUAAGAAGAUAGGAUUUAUUGGUCUCGGAAAGAUGGGUAAGACGCUUGUUAAACAUCUGCUCACUUCAAAUCAUAUGGUCACGAUUUAUGAUACGACAUUUAAUAAUUGUCGUGAUUUUAUUCAAUUUGGAGUUACGAUUGCACUGACUCCAGAUGAUGUUGUUCAGAUGUGCGACAUAAUUUUCUGCUGUGUUUCUGAUUCUGAAGCCGUAAAAAGAGUGGUUUUUGGAAAUGAUGGCAUUCUGUCGGGUCUUGAAAGGUCGCCGCCUGGAUCAAAAGGUUAUGUUGAAAUGACUACAAUGGAUUCAACUACAUCAAUAGAAAUUGCAGAAGCUAUUACCAGUAAAGGUGGAAGAUAUCUUCAAGCUACUCUCUGUGGAACCACGACAAUGGCUGAAAAUGGAAGUCUGCUAAUUUUGAGUGCAGGCGACCAGCAAGUUUUUAUCGAUUGUAAUACUUGCUUUUGUUCCUUCUCAGGAAUUGCACGUCUUCUUAGCUAUGAUGUUGGCUGUCUUUCUAAAAUUAACAUUAUUAACAAUAUGCUAAUUGGCAUAUCACAUGUUGCCUUGGCAGAAUGCUUGACUUUUGUUGAGCGUUGCAAUCUUAAUCCGGACUUGUUCAUGGAUAUCGUAGAAAAUUCACAAUUAGGUUCACCUCUUCUUGCACAUAUAGGAGAAUCGCUGCUGUCACGUGCCUUUCCAAAUGAUACUUCUGCUGUUAAGCGUCAGCAAAAAGAUUUGCAAUUGGCUCUUUCACUGGAUACUAACGGGGAACUAAAAAUGUUUGUCACGGCAAUGGCAAAUGAAUUGUUCAAACGUGCUAAACGUGACCAUUAUUCUGAUGUAUAUGAUGUUUACACCAUGGCUAAUUAUUAGAGUCAGUUUAUAAUUUUACUAUGCUAUGUUAUAUGCCUGAAGGGCAAAUAUGCUUUUUAUACCAAUUCAUUGUAAAAUGUUAUAAAAGGUUUUGUAAUCCAUUAAAUAAUCCAUUAAAGCUAU